ACUCCCAGUCCCGCCCAUUGCCGCUUACGUCAGAUGCUUCAUUCGCCAUUUUGGUGUUGAGGGAAUUAUUGCUGCAAUAAAUCUCCAAUAAUCGCGCCUGCUGCGUUAAAAUCGCGUUGUUGUUGACGGAGGACCGGUUUUAUUUUCAGUGUUUGUGUCGCGGGAAUCAUGUCAGAGAAUCCGGAAACGGAUAUCCUGGAGCUGGAGUCUGAAGAAGAGAAGCAGGAUUCUCCAGAAAAGGACUGUAACCCAGUACUGUCUGAAGAGGCCAAGCUGAAGGCCAAAUAUCCGAACCUGGGCCAGAAACCCGGCGGCUCGGACUUUCUGAUGAAGAGACUCCAGAAAGGACAAAAAUACUUUGACUCGGGAGAUUAUAACAUGGCGAAGGCCAAGACGAAGAGCAAGCAUGUGGUGACGGCCGGAGCGGAUAAGAACCUGGUGACAGGAGACCAUAUUCCCACACCGCAGGACCUUCCUCAGAGGAAAGCCACGCCGCUCGCCAGCAAACUGGCCGGAUAAACACACACACACACGCACACACACUCCUCACACACACUCAAACACACACCGAAGUAGAGACGAGUGCUAGUGUUGUUGUUGGGGUAGUUCUGAAGAGCGUUGAGCAGAUCCGCUCCGCUCCAGCGGCACGUUCACUAGGGCUGGGUGGUAUGACGCCAGGAGCGAUGAAACAUGACGGAGUAAUGUUAAAACACAGAGUCCCAAACCGGUCUGGACGACACAGAGCUGGUGUUUGUUACACCACACAAACGGAGUUGUUGCUAGGCAACAUCAGCAUUCACAUAGAAUUCAAAAGUGCGGUCAGAAUUUAGUGUGCAUUUAAAAAAAUGCUCAUAAAUUUUACAAAUAAUUACACAAGUAACACACUGAAUUAAACAUGAACGUUUGAAGUACACUUGUUUUACAAGAAAAUAUUAUUUCAAUCUUUCUACUUCAAAAUUUCAUGUUUAAUGAUACGUUAUAAUUUUCGUCAGUGUAAAAAGCAAGAAAUAGUAUAAUAUAUUUUCUUGUUACAUUUACUGUUACAACUUCAAAAAAAAACUUUUUUUCACAGUGUAUUUAUAUUUGUUUUGUUUUAUAAUAAUAAUAUGUUUUACUGUUUUGAGCUCAGACCCAACAAUAAAUAUCAGACUUCUCAUGCAUUUGAAUAAAAUAUUAUAUUUGAUAUAAAACAGUUUUCAGUUUACAA